AAUACAAACGAAAGUGCUACCGUGUCGAUUUUCUAAAAUUUUUCGAAACUAAACAAGGCCUAAACAAGGCCUUGGAAUGAAAUUUCCUUAUCUACGUCAACGCUUGUCGUGGGCGUGGGCCCGCGCGACGACAUUAAACACCGUACUCAGCAUCGGUGUUGAAUACGACGACCAUACGGAGGGGACGAAGACUAAGCAUUGCUGAGUGUGCACUGAAACUCACUAUACUAGCGACGAGCGAGGACGAGCCCCACAAUCCCACACCUUCUCAUCCAAUUUCCAACCGGAGGAGGACUAGCUCGGCCAGUCGCAUGGCUCCGCCUCUCCCACUCCUCCUCGUCUUCCUCACCGUGAUCCUCCCACUCCCAGCUGCUGCGGGGGCGCCACUGGUGUUCCCCAAGGAAGCCAUGCCGACGAAAUCGGAGUACCUCCCCAUCCCACCCACCAACGCCUCCCUCUUCUUCGCCUUCUACGAGGCCACGGACCCGGUCACGCCGCCGGCCUCCACGCCGCUCCUCCUCUGGCUGCAGGGCGGGCCAGGCUGCUCCAGCCUCCUGGGCAACUUCUUCGAGCUCGGCCCCUACUUCGUCAACCCCGACGGCGACACCCUCCGGCGCAACCCCUUCGCGUGGAACCGCCGCUUCGGCCUCCUCUUCAUCGACAGCCCGCUGGGCACCGGCUUCAGCGCGGCGCCGUCUCCGGCCGACAUCCCCACGAACCAGUCCGUGAUCGCCGCACACAUCCUCGCCGCGCUGCAGUCCUUGUACUCCCUCGACCCGACCCUCCGCGCGCGGCCCUUCUUCCUCACGGGCGAGAGCUACGCGGGCAAGUACGUCCCCGCGGCGGGGGCGCACAUCCUGGACGCGAACGCGGGGCUUCCCGAGGCGCAGCGCGUGAACCUCCGCGGCGUGGCCAUCGGCAACGGGCUGACGCACCCGGUGGCGCAGGUGGCGACGCACGCGGACUCGGCCUACUUCCUGGGCCUCGUGAACGCGCGGCAGAAGCGGGAGCUGGAGUCGCUGCAGUCCGAGGCGGUGUCGCUGACGCUGGCGGAGCGGUGGGUCGCGGCGUCGGACGCGCGGGUGAAGGUGCUGGCGCGGCUGCAGAACCUGACGGGGCUCGCCACCCUGUACGACUACGCGAAGCAGCGGGGCUACGCGGCGGGCGCCGUGGGGAAGUUCCUGAACCGCGCCGAGGCCAAGGCCGCGCUGGGCGCGCGCGGGGACGUGGCGUGGGAGGAGUGCAGCGACGCGGUGGGCGCGGCGAUGCGCGGCGACGUGAUGCGCAGCGUGGUGCCGCAGGCGGAGUCGCUGCUGCGGCGCACCCGCGUGCUGCUGUACCAGGGCGUCCGUGACCUCCGGGACGGCGUCGUGUCCACGGAGGCGUGGCUCGCCGGGGUGCGCUGGGACGGGCUGCGCGCGUUCCAGGACGCGCAGCGCGCCGUGUGGCGGACCGGGGACGGGGAGCUCGCGGGGUACGUGCAGCGGUCGCGCGCGCUGGCGCACGUCGUGGUGUACGGGGCUGGGCACCUGGUGCCGGCGGACAACGGCCGCGCGGCGCAGGAGAUGAUCGAGGGAUGGGUGCUCGGGACGGGGCUGUUCGGGUCCGGGACCGGGAGCCGCGGUGGUGGCAAGGGCAGGAGGCGCGCAGCCUGAUGCCGCCGGCGGGCGCGGUGUGCGCUGUGGAAUAUGGAACGGGGGCGGGCUCGGCUUUCUCACUCCUGAUGAAUGAUGUGGCCCAGCGCAAAAUGGGUAGCCCAAUAUAGGAUUCUGUUGUGGUGAAAUUGCUGGAUCUGUGUGUUUAUUACUAUUUUCAGUGAAAAGAAAAGAUAACUCCGUCAUGCUUAGUGAAAAUAAAGGAAAUGCAAGAACCACUGCCUGAGUGCCUGUA